AUGAACUGCUGUAGCGACCCUGUUCAAUUCGUGACCAGAAGGAUCUGUGGACUUGCGGAUUCUGAGAUGGUUAAGGACUCGAGGCCAGACAUAGGUGCUUACAAUGAUGUGCUCAAUGCUUGUGCCAAUCUUGGUGCACCAAGAAUUUUCUGCAACUGUUUGACGAAAUGCCAGAAUUUGGAUAUUGCGGAGCAAAUGAUUCAAGCAAUGAGCGAAAGGAAGAAAGACAUUUGCAGGAUUCUAAGGGAGUUGAAUUUUGAAGACUGGUAUGAAGAUGGUGCAUCUAGGAAAUUGGGAAAUGAAAGUGAAGUGUUUGAGAAAUUACUUCCCAAUUCGAUUGAUCCUAGUAAUAAUGAACCUCCAGAGUUACCUGAAGGGAUUGCACCUUACUCAAGAAUUUACACAACCUUAACAAAAGGUUAUAUGAAAGUGGGACGGAGAGGCACCGAGAAAAUAGAACAGGCUGGAUCUAUGGACAAAGCACGACAUGUGCUUGCUGAGAUGGCCAGAAUUCGUGUGCCUGCUAAUUUGAUUAUUUAUAAUGUUACUCCUGAAUGGUUACUGUCAGCAAUUGCAGAUUGA